CACACACACACACACACACACACACACACACACACACACACACACACAAACAGUCUCCACCACGCACGAUGCCUUCUCCGAUCCCCAUAACCCGCCUGCUGCCUAACCAGUCCCUGGACCUCGGGACCUGUAGCAGCCCGCUGGCCAAAUACUCCUUCGGCAACACCUUACAAGUCCCCGCUCAGCGGCCCCACGGCAAGGUUGCCAGCCGGCUCUGGUCCACUGUGAUUCACUGGAAGGAGCUGCGCUCCGUGGAGCCUGUGGGCUCCGGAGGCUUCGGCUCCGUCUACAAGGCGGAGUACCUCGGGGACACCGUCGCGCUGAAGAGAGUCAAGAAGUGCACCAAGAACAAGCUGGCGUCCCGGCAGAGCUUCUGGGCCGAGCUGAACGCGGCACACCUGCGCCAGGGCAACAUUGUGCGCGUCAUCGCGGCGACCACCUGCGUGCCGGUGGAUUUUGGAGAUGAAAGCAGCAUCGGGACGAUAGUGAUGGAGUUCGUGGGCAACAGAAAUCUGCAGCAGAUAAUUUACGGAUGCGCGGAGCCGCUGGGGGAGGACCGGUGGCUCAGGUACUCCGCAGACAUUGCACGCGGUUUGCGCUUUCUGCACUCCCACGGCGUUGUGCAUCUGGACAUAAAGCCAGCCAACGUGUUGGUGUCCAGUGAAGACGUGUGCAAAAUCUGCGAUUUCGGCUGUUCCGUGAAGCUGGACUAUGGGUGCGAAGAGAGCGCUAUCAGCCCCCACGUGAGCCACGUAGGCGGCACGUACACGCACAGAGCCCCGGAGCUGCUGAAAGGCGAGGGGCUGUCUCCCAAAGCGGACAUCUUCUCUUUCGGGAUCACCUUGUGGCAGCUGAUCACCAGGGAGCAGCCGUACACCGGCGACAGGCAGCACGUGCUCUACGCGGUGGUGGCGCACAACCUGCGGCCGUCCGUCCAGGACCAACCGGUGUUUGGGACCGAGCGGGGGAGGCUGUGUAGGACUCUGCUGGGCCGGUGCUGGAGCGGAGACGGCCGCUGCAGACCCAGCGCCCAGGAGCUGGUGCCUCGCCUGGAGCAGCUGCGCUCCAACGUAUGACUUUAUUAUUUUAUGUAACUGGUGCACAGAUGUGCGUUUCAUAAAAAUGGGACAUGUUCUAGGAACAUUUUAGAAGGCAUGUGUCAGCACAGGAGGAAGCGUGGACUACCCAUUUUCUUAUGGUCACCAUAGGCUUAUGCCGAACCCGGUU